AUGAAGUUCAUCCAGGCUCUAAACGCCCUGCUGGUGGGCUUGACUAAGGCCAAGGCUGCUAGCCACAGCUCCAACUCACUCGUCUCAGCGGCUGGCGAUAUCGCGAUCAUUCCUGGCUGGAACCUGCGAUCUAGCCUCUAUGUAUCGACAAACAGCUCCCAUUUAUCUCAACCUGGGGUUGAUGCCUCUGAUUGGCAUCGGGUCGGCCCACGCGGAACCGUUCUGGCCGGCCUGAUCGAGAGCGGCGUAUACAGCGAUGAGCAGCUGUUCUUCGUAGACAAUUUGAAUAGCUUGGCCACCAAUUUGUCCUUUCGCUGCCCAUGGAUUUAUAGAGAAGAGUUCGCCAUGACACCAGACCAGGACCAGUACUUCACACUGUAUACGCACGGGAUCACUUCCAAAGCGGACCUUUAUCUCAAUGGUGCGAUGAUCGUUGGGAGCGAUGAGCAACAGGGCUCAUAUGGAGGUCGUCAAUACAAUGUGACCGGAAGUAUUCGGCACGGGACGAACUGUUUACUCAUUGAAGCCUAUCAAACCGACUAUCUUCGUGAUUUUGCCAUGGGGUUUGUGGACUGGAAUCCGUAUCCGCCAGACAACGGCACCGGCGUUUGGCGUAAUGUUGAGAUUAAGCAGUCAGGGCCCGUCUCGAUGUCGCCCUUCCGCGUGGUGACCGAGUUAAAGAGUUUGGCAGAUACCAAAAAGGUCCAACUUACGCUAUUCACCGACUUGGUCAACCAAAGCCAGAGAAAAAUUCAAGUGACCGUAAAGGGAACCAUCAUUUCUCCACUGGGAUCUACAGCUAGCCCCGUCGCUCGGUCGAUUCAUCUGGGCCCCGAAGAGAGAAAGACCAUAUCAAUCCCAGCGACCAUUGAAAAUGCGGCAAUCUGGUGGCCGGCCCGAUGGGGUGAUCAGCGACUCUAUACUGUGCAAGGAAAAGUGAUCAUCGAGGAUUCAAAGAAGACAGUGUCCGACAGGUCACGCCCGCAACAGUUCGGGAUACGGAAGGUAUUUUCGAGGGUGAACGAACACAACGACACGGCCUUCUUUGUCAAUGACCGACCGUUUCAAGUGAUGGGUGGAGGCUACGGACCCGAUAUGUUCUUGCGAUUUGAGAAGACUCGCAUACUCAAGAUAUUCGAAUACAUGCUCGACAUCGGGCUUAACACUCUGCGCUUGGAAGGUAAGCAGGAGCAUCCCGAGCUCUACGAGCUGGCGGACCAGAUGGGCAUCAUGAUACUUGCUGGUUGGGAGUGCUGCGACAAGUGGGAAGGCUGGGAGUAUAAUGAUGAUGCCAACGGCGUCAAGUGGAUGGAGUCGGACUACCCGAUUGCCCAGGCUGCAAUGCUUCACGAAGCAGAGAUGAUGCAAACUCAUCCAUCAAUGCUCGGGUUUCUGAUCGGUUCUGACUAUUGGCCCAACGAUCAGGCCACACAGAUUUACCUGGAAGCACUGAGACAAAUGAAUUGGGACAACCCUGUCAUAGCAUCUGCCAGCCAGCGCGACUAUCCAGAGGCCCUGGGACCUUCGGGGAUGAAGAUGGAUGGUCCAUAUGACUGGGUACCUCCCAACUAUUGGUAUGGCGACCGAGAAGGGGCUGCAUUUGGAUUCGGCUCGGAGCUCGGAGCAGGCGUAGGAACACCCGAGUUGAGCAGCCUCAAGAGAUUCCUGUCGAACGAGGAACUCGAGAUCCUCUGGAGACAACCAAAAGCGACGCAGUUCCAUAUGUCCCGGUACGACUCCCAAUUCUACGACCGCUCAAUUUACAAUUCUGCUCUUUUUGCGCGAUACGGGGAGCCCGUUGAUCUGGAAGAUUACCUCCUGAAAUGUCAAAUGGCCGACUAUGAAGCAACUCGCGCGCAGUUCGAGGCCUACUCUGCCAAGCAGAAUGCAUCACGAUCUGCCACAGGAUCAAUCUACUGGAUGCUGAAUAGCGCAUGGCCAAACCUUCACUGGCAGCUGUUUGAUUACUAUCUGAUUCCAAUGGGAGCUUACUUUGGUGCCAAAGUGGGCAAUCGGAUGGAACACGUCGCCUAUGAUCAUGAGAAAGAAACAGUGUGGUUGAUCAAUCACUCUUUGGAAUCGAAAGGCGAGAGGCAACUCAUGAUCGAUCUCAUCGAUAUCAACGGAACGGAUAUUUCAAGUAUCGUAUUCAAGACAGAAACUUCUCCCAGCUCAUCAAAAGGGGUGGGACGUCCAGGCGGCAUUGAUCAAAUCCAAGAUCUUGCAUUUUUGCGACUGACACUUCGUGACACCAACACGAGCCAAGACCUUAGUCGAAAUGUAUACUGGCUCACAUCCCAAAGUGACGUGCUUGACUGGGACAACUCGGCAUGGUACACCACGCUAGUCACCAAAUAUUCGAAUUUUCAACCGCUGCAGAGCGUUCCCAACGCAAUAGUGAAAGCCACGGCGCAUAAAGCAAAGGUCAAGGGUCCUCACGGCCACGCGAAUGUUGACAUUCAACUGGAGAACGUAUCCGACCGUCCAGCUGUGUUCCUGAGAUUGACCGUGAUCAAUUCAUCAGACCAGACAGCGAUUGCCCCUGUGUUCUGGUCAGAUAACUAUGUAACGCUUUGGCCGAAAGAAAGCGUGAGUGUCUCAGUGCUGUUCGAAGGGGACUUGGAUGGGGCAGUAUUUGAGCUGUCUGGUCGGAAUGUUCAGAAAGCACAGUUCACGUGCCUCGGCGGAAGCAACUGA